UUUGACAUUGGAAGACAGAGUCUAAAUUCAACCGGGAUCUUGUACUUUUGUGAGUGAGCCUCUUGAAAUGGAAGAUAACAUCGGUUCUGACGAAGGAAGCACAAAGGAGCAAGACAGGUUGCUCCCAAUAGCCAACGUGGGGCGGAUCAUGAAGCAAGUCCUGCCUCCCAACGCAAAAAUCUCCAAGCAAACGAAAGAAACGAUGCAAGAAUGUGUCUCAGAGUUCAUCGGCUUCGUGACCAGCGAAGCAUCGGAGAAGUGCCGGAAGGAGAGGAGGAAGACCGUGAAUGGUGAUGAUAUUUGCUGCGCUAUGGAGACAAUGGGUUUCGAUGAUUAUGCUGGUCUGCUAAGAAGGUAUUUGCAUAUAUAUAGAGGAUUAGAAGGGGAAAAGGCUAAUCAAGUCAAGGCGAUGAACAACACUCAACAGUAGCAAAUCAAACAGUGUUGAGCAAUCUUUCUCAUGUAGAAAUAAACAAUUUAGGAACAAUCAGGCUUCGACCUUCAACUCAGCAAACUUCUAAUACGAUGAAAGGAGUGAUAGAUCAAUCUCAAGGCCAUGUUGAGGAUGUAAGGGAAGGUAUUAGGGCAAGACAUAUUUAUCAAGUUUCUAGCUUUAUUCGUGAUGACACUC